UUGAAGUAAUUUAGCUAGCAAAGCUCAGUUUCCAGUGAAUUCUCAACAGAUGGCCGCGGGUGGAGCAGCUGCUACGGCUGCGCAGCACUGGAGAGCUCUGCUUGCUGCAGCCCUAGAUUCUAAUGCACAUCUCAAGCAUUCUACCUACUUCCAACUCGCUACUGUCUCCGUUAAUGGAAGGCCCGCAAAUCGGACAGUGGUAUUCAGAGGGUUUCAGGAAGGCAGCGAUAAUAUCUUGAUUAAUACGGAUAGCCGAACUCGCAAGAUUGAAGAGAUUAAUCAGUUUCAUUAUGGUGAGAUAUGUUGGUAUUUUACUGAGUCAUGGGAGCAGUUUCGGAUAAAUGGGAGGAUUGAUGUAAUUGACUCUUCUACUAGAGAUCUUGCCAAACAACAGCAAAGAAAGGAAUCUUGGUUUGCAAGCUCUCUCAAGUCAAGGUUGCAGUACUUGAGGCCUGUUCCUCGUCUUCCAGUUCUCGAGGAAUCUAGCGAAGAUUAUCAACUUGAUCCCUCUAUCGGGCCACUUGAUUCAUUUUGUCUUCUGGUUUUUAACCCAGAGCAGGUUGAUUAUGUGAACUUGAAAAGAAAUGUGAGGUUCCUAUUCACUUCAAGUCGUAGCAGUGAUCAGUCUAAUAAUGCUUGGCAGAUAGAGAAAGUUAACCCAUAAUAAGGAUCAAAACUGUUAGCAUUUGUGGAGUUUUGGCUGUGACUAAAUGCAAAUAAAUGGCUCUUUUUUGCCUUAUAUUUGUACUUUAGCUGUGUUUUAUUUCUAAAUGCUGCUGUUCCAGUUAGUUCCAUUCCAAAGUUUCUACUUAAAACGUUAUUUUGCUGUUUUGUUAUUGAUGUACCUUUUAAUUUUAUAGUUUUGGUUUAAUGCUUGUUAC